AUGCCUAUCCCAACGGAAGUAGUCGGCUCUCUGCCUCGCCCAACAUACCUGCAACAAGCCUACGCCGACUACGACGCCGGCAAAAUCACCCACGAUGAGCUCGUCGCCGCCCAGAACAAGGCCGCCCAGGACUCCGUCCAGCGGAUGGAAGCCGCGGGAGAAACGUUUGUGACGGAUGGCGAGCAGCGUGCCAGUUCGACUCUAAAGGGCGCGGGUUUGCCGAGCAACUUUGCUGCCGAUGGACAAUUCUUUGCGAUAUUCGAAGAUGGCCACCACCGCCAGCUCCCACGGCUUGUCAAGGGUCCUUUCAAAUACGCAACGUAUGCAUGGCAGAACCUCCAAAAGUCCAAGCCGUACGCCUCCCACCCAAUGAAGCAGGCCGUCAUCGCGCCCAGCAUGAUGUACCUCUUGUAUCCUCUCCAAGGCGAGCUCGAAGGAUAUCCGCGGGACGAGUUUAUCAAGGACUUGAUCAACGAAUGCGAGAAGGAUAUUCGCGGAUGCUUUGAAGCAGGCGCAAAGCGAGUCUCCAUCGACUUCACCGAGGGCCGCCUCGCUCUCAAGCACGACCCCAAGAACCCCUGGACAAACGCCGACCUCCUCGAACGCUUCGUCCUCCUCAUUAACCAAGUCCUCGAACGCUUCACCCCCGACCAGCGAGCCAACAUUGGCCUGCACACCUGCCCCGGCGGCGACUGCGACUCGGUGCACUCCCUAGACGUGGACUACCACAAGCUACUCCCGUCCUUAUUCAAGAUCAACGCGGGAUACUUUCUGAUCCAGCUCUCCUCGGAAAAGAACCGCGAGGCAGUGUAUGAGUCGAUUGGACAGCAUAUCCGGAAAGACGCCAAUGGCGUCAAGCAGGUGGCCUUUAUCGGAGUCAUCAACACGCUCAAUCCCGCCGUCGAGACCCCCGAACAAGUCGCCGACCAGCUCGUUCUCGCAAGCAAAUACAUUCCCGUAGACCAGCUCGGCGCAACCGACGACUGCGGCUUCUCUCCCUUCUCCAUCGACGACAAGCCGAGCCACGGCAGCCCGGACUUUGCCAGGGACAUUGCCUUUCAGAAGAUUGCGAGCCGUGUCCAAGGCGCAAAGUUGGCCAGUGAGAAGUUGGGCGUAUAG